AUGGGCACUCAGCGGUCUGUGUUAUCGAACGGCUCACAAUCCAUGACGCUCGCGAACAAGUUCAAGAUGCGCUGCUUGGAAGCUCGCCGCGUGCGCAACCGCACCCUAGAGGCAUCCAACAUCUUGGAGCAGAUCCAAGACCACCACGUAACAGUGGAGCAGUUCUUUCAAGCCCGAGAUGCCACGGUGGAGCAAUUUGAAAAGAGCCUGGCGGCCAAGGUGCAUAGAUUGGAGGAUGAGCCUUCCGAGCGGUUGUAUCUUCCUGACAUGCCCAGAUUUGAAAGGUUUCAAGCAUGGUUGCAAUCUCAUCGUUUUGAUGGCGUCAUUACCAUCCUGCUUGGCCUCAACGUCAUUUGGAUGGCUGCAGAGCUGCAGAUCACCGGCUCCUUUCAGGGCGUCCUGGUCGGAGUUCAGAGCACCUCCAUCAUCGAUCUGGAGUACCGCGACUCGACCCAGCGCUUCUUCCAGAUUGGUGAUUAUGUCUUUACUGGGUUCUUCACCAUGGAUGUGCUCCUGCGCAUUGUGGUCUUGGGCCGGAAAUUUUGGAUGGUGUGCAUGAACUAUAUCGAUGCUUUGGUGACGGUGGUCUCCAUCGUGAACCCAUGUCACCCCGUCGCCUGGUCCAUUUGUGGCGCUCAGUCAGGAUUGCUCCGCAUCGGCAAGCUGGCCAGAGCCCUUCGACUCGUAACUCUCUCCAAUACCCUGGGAGCAUUGGAGUUGCUCACCAAAUGCUUGAUGGCCAGCGUCGACAUGCUCUUCUGGACUUUCUGCUUGCUCGCAUGCGUCCAAUGCGUGGCUGGGAUGUUGGUGAGUGGCUUGUGCCGGGAGUUCAUUGAGCAGACCGAGAAUGACCCGCAGUAUCGAGAAGAGGUCUACAGAUACUAUGGGACCUUUUCGCGCACAUUUUUAUCCAUGUUUGAGAUUUUGUUUGCGAACUGGGGCCCUCCAUGCCGAGUGCUGGUGGAGAACGUGAGCGAAUGGUUUUCACUCUUCUUCCUCCUUUACCGUUGUGUGGUUGGCUUUGCCCUUUUGAACGUUGUGAACGCAGUGUUCGUCCAGCAGACUAUGAAAACUGCCAGUUCAGAUGAAGAGCUGGCUUUCAAGCAGAAAGAGCGGGACGUGGCGUUGUAUACUCGCAAGGUCCGAAAGCUUUUUCAAUCCAUGGAUGACAGUGGAGAUGGGGCAUUGAAUUUGGAAGAGUUUGCCAAGCUGGCGAAUUCGCCCAAACUGAAGUUCUGGAUGAGCCAGCUGGAGUUGGAGUAUCAUGACCUCUUGAGCCUUUUUGAAUUCUUGGACAACGGUGAUGGCCAGAUCACCUUGGCAGAGUUCAUUGAUGGCGCCGGACGCCUGAAAGGCAGCGCCAAGGCGAUCGACGUGUGGCGGCUGGAGACCAAGGUCGAGGUUGGUUUCGCCUUAAAAGCAAUCGAGUUUUGCGCCAUGGGCUUAGCAGACAGUUCGGACUAUGAGGAACUAUUGGAUCGACAGGCCCCGAACACGGGGCUCGCGUUUGGCUUCAGCGCGCUGGUGCCAUCAUUGCUCAAUGUGGGCGCUUUCCAUGCACACUGCGAAGACUUGAGACAGCAGGUUUGUGUUGCACAGAUCUCGUGCUUGACUGGAAUGUUUGCCGCGACCACCUCGUUGCUCAACAUUGCUGCCCUACCCUCUGGAGCAUUUCUGGAUCGCUACGGUCCCCGAGCCACUGGAAUGUUCUUUUGUACGCUGAUUGCUUUGGGCUGCCUGGUCUUUGCCGAAGGCCCGCACCACGAGCUGGCCUAUGUUGCAGGCUUUUUGCUCAUGGGGGUGAGUGGUCCAUGCAUUUUCAACUCCACCCUGAGCUUUGGCAACCUCUUCCCGAAGCACGUGGGACUUAUCACAGCUUCACUCGUUGGAUGUUUUGAUGCAUCUUCUGCGGUCUUUGCGACCCUGGCGCACUUCAUGACCGAUGGGAUGUCCUUCAGUGAGACAUUUCACCUCUACAUGGUGAUCCCUGCACUCUGCGCUUUGAUGGCAGCCCGUUGGCCCACAAUGCCUGUUGAAUUGCCCGAGGAGGACGUAAGCCUUGAUGAGCUCUCGGGCCGAAGCUUGCAAAACAUCUGCUGGAGCGUCGACUUCUUGUUGCUUUCAUAUACUGCUUCUGUGACAAUGAUUUGCAUCAACUUCUUCAUCGCGACCGUGUACCCACAAAUGCACUCGACUUCAGAAGAGGAAGCAACAUUCUUGAACUCAGAGUUCGCUGCACUUCUACCUGCAGGGGGCAUCGUUUUCAUUCCGGCGAUCGGCAUCGUCAUAGACCAGUUGGGUCCAACCAUUGGUUUUUUGAUCUUGCAGGCAGCUUAUGGACUCUUUGCAUUACUGCUUUGGGCAUUUCAUGCUGGUCACGGCAAGAUUUUUGCCACUGGCGCUUUCAUGGUCUUCGCCUUCUGUCGGCCUUUGUUUUAUUCACUGAACCCGGCAUUUUGUGGACAACGUUUUGGCUUCACUCACUUUGGUACCGUGUUUGGCCUUAUAUUCACAAUCUCUGGCAUUUGCAAUCUGGCCGUUCAACCUCUCGCGGCCUUGGCAGCCCAGCAUGGCUUUGUGCCUGUGAACGGCUUCUUGUCCCUCCUCCAGCUCUCCACUGUGGUGCUGCCGCUUCGGAUCUUGACUACGCGAGCGAAGGCACCAAAAAAGAGAGAACAGCCAAAAGCUGUGGAAGAUGCCUUGAUCAUGCGCAGUUUCUCUAUCCGCAGUUUCACCUUGUAG